AUGUAUAAAUCGAAUCAUGUAACGCAAUCAAAAUAUAAUGCCGUCGGCAUCUGUGGACGAGAGACUGAUUCGAUUUAUUCGACAUACCAUAAUCUAUUCUCUCUAUAUAUUCGUAUCUAUCUAUCUAUCUAUCUAUCUAUCUAUCUAUCUAUCUAUCUAUCUAUCUAUCUAUCUCAGCUUACUCUGUUCAUAUCUAUAUAUCUAUCUCAGACUUUUCAUACCUAUCUUUUUCAGACUGUUUAUAUCUAUCUAUCUAUCUAUCUAUCUAUCUAUCUAUCUAUCUAUCUAUCUAUCUAUCUAAGUUUUUUCAUAUCUAUCUAUCUAUCUAUCUAUCUAUCUAUCUAUCUAUCUAUCUAUCUAUCUCAUUAUACUGUUUAUAUCUAUCUAUCUAUCUAUCUAUCUAUCUAUCUAUCUAAGUUUUUUCAUAUCUAUCUAUCUAUCUAUCUAUCUAUCUAUCUAUCUAUCUAUCUAUCUCAGCUUACUCUGUUCAUAUCUCUAUAUCUAUCUCAUUCUUUUCAUACUUAUCUUUUUCAGAUUGUUUCUAUCUAUCUAUCUAUCUAUCUAUCUAUCUAUCUAUCUAUCUAUCUCAGUUGUUUUAUAACUAUCUUUUUUAGACUGUUUAUAUCUAUAUACCUAUCUAUCUAUCUAUCUAAAACUCUAACAUAUCAGCCGCUAGAUCUUAUCUUACCUUAUCUAUCUAUUUGUUUUUCUAUCUAUCUAUCUAUCUAUCUAUCUAAAAUAUUUUAA